AUGUUGACGCAAAUAUCCCUUAGUGCCCCAAAUCUGGCUCUCGGCACUGCAGUCUUCUUGGUGCUGAGCGUGGUCUAUUAUCUCAUUCAAUACACGCGGCAUGAGCUUCGCAUCCGCAAAACAGGGGGCGUGAGAGCGCCCGUGCUUGCUGGAAAUCCCAUCACCGGCACAUUAUGGCUCUUAUACUGCGCACGCGCGCAGAUGAAGCACACAUUGACCGAGUACUUUGAGAGCAUGUUCAGCCGCGCCAAACCAUCCCAUUUCGGUGACAUCGUGGAGCUCCAGGUCAGGCCCGGUCAGCGGUAUCUGAUUACGCGGGACCCGGACCAUAUCAAGACCAUCCUGACCUCGAAAUUUACCUCGUUCGGAAAGGGUCAGCAGUUCCACGAGCUGUGGCGCCCCUUUCUUGGCGACAGCAUCUUCACGACUGAUGGGAGCCUUUGGCACGAUUCAAGGAGCCUGAUCAGGCCUAUGUUCAUCAAGGACCGCGUCAGCGACCUGCAUACCUUCGAACGUUGGGUAGGCCAGGAUGGUCUGCUGGGCAAGAUUGCCGAGGGCGGUGCCGGUCCGGUAAAGGAGGUCGAGCUGAUGGACCUCUUGUACCGUAUGACCCUCGACGUCACCACCGACUUCCUCCUUGGAGCCGCCGUCGGCUCGCUCGAUAACCCACGGGCCGAGUUUGCAGAAGCCUUCAACGAAGUCCAGAGCAUUCAGACCUAUUUGACCAUGUUGGGGCCUCUCGAGUCCCUAAUUCCCCGGCGCCGCUACCACCGUGGCAUCCGCGCCAUCGACCGCUUUGUCAUGCCAUACAUCGAUGCCGCGCUGGCGCUCCCGCACGACGAAUUGGAAAAGCUCGAGAACUCGGACCGCGGCUUCACGUUCCUACACAGCAUAGCGCGCUACACGCGCGACCCGCGGGUGCUGCGCGACCAGAUCGUCGCCGUGCUGCUGGCCGGCCGCGACACCACGGCCGCGACGCUGAGCUGGGCCUUCCUCGAGCUGAGCCGGCACCCGGACGCGUUCCAGCGGCUGCGCCGUGAGGUCAUCGACGCCGUCGGCCGCUCGCGCGCCCCCACGUACGACGACCUCAAGGGCAUGGUGUACCUCCGCCACGUGCUCAACGAGACCCUGCGCCUCUACCCGGCUGUGCCGUACAACCUGCGCACGGCGCUCGAGGACGCGACGCUGCCGAACCCUGCGGGCGGGCCGGACGUCGGCGUCGUCGAGGGCGACACCGUCGUCUACUCGACCUUCAGCAUGCAGCGGUGUCCCAGCUUGUAUCCGCAGAUCGACGACAGGGGCGAGCCGCUGCCCGACCCGGCCGUCUUUGCGCCUGAGCGCUGGGAGGUCUGGACACCGAGGGCCUGGAAUUAUGUCCCGUUCAAUGGGGGGCCGAGGAUCUGCGUCGGGCAAAAUUUCGCUCUGACGGAGAUGGCGUAUUGUGUGGUGCGGAUAUUGCAGAAGUAUGAUCGUCUGGAGUAUUGCGGGGACUGGGAUGCGCAAUACCACGAAGCGGAGAUCGUUGGACGUCCUGGGAAAGGGGUGCGGGUUAGGCUAUGGGAGGAGCAUGUUCAGAUUGCUGGCGAGGAGAAAUAG